GGGACGCGGGGAGGAGAGCCCCAGGCCGGCGAGCGCAGCGCCUGGCGAGCGGAGGUCCGGGCGGGAGCACCCAGCGCAGGCGCCUGUCAAGGCAGCAGCAUGAGCACCUCCCAGCCCACCUUGUCAGAGCUAAGCCCUGUUGAGGGAACCGGCGGCCCAGAAGGGAAGGCAGUGGGGAGUGCCCGGGAGAAGGGCCCUCGGCUGGGCCCGCGGCUGCCCUCAAUCGUGGUGGAGCCCAGUGAGGCAGGUGCUGUGGAAAGUGGGGAGCUGCGCUGGCCCCCAGAGGGCAUCCAGAGGGGUGCCCUUCCGAGCCAGGUUGUUGCUGCUGCCCCCUCCCCAAGUCUACAAGGAGCAUCAGGGAAGGCGGCGGAUGAUGUUGGCAGUGAGUGUGCCAGCUCCAUGGACCAGGCACCUCUGGCCCAGUGACAGAGAAAGACAUGGAGGGGCUCUGCUCUCUGACUGCUGAAAGGGCCUCAGUCCCAGGGUGGCUGGGCUACUGCACAGAGAGGGCUUGUCCUGCCCAGACACCCAGUUGGCAGAGCUUCCUGUCUCACCAGGUCUGGCCAGGACCUCAGCCCCUGCCUUUUCCCUCCAAGGCCCGGUCUGGACCACAUCCUCCUUGUUCUGUGGUUUGGAUCAGAAAUAAAGGCACUUCCUGGUCA